AUGAAGUUCAACUCAGUUGCUCUGACCCUGGCGACGGCGGGCUCUCUCGUCGCUGCCCAGCACCACCACCAGCACCGUCACCACCACAAGCGUACCGUCGAUGUGGUCCCCGGUGACACCGUUGUCGAGUACAAGCUCGGCGAUGAGAUGAUCACUGCCGAGGAGGCUUGCCAGGGUAUCGCCGAUGGCACCCUGAUCUGGGCCGGUGCCGCCCCCAAGGUCGAUGAGUGCAAGAGCAUCCUGGCCGGCCCGACCUCGACCGCCACUCCGACGCCCACUGUCGCCCCCGGCGAGUUUGCUGAGGAACCCACCACCACCGCCCCCGCCAGCACCAGCAGCACCACCACCAAGGCGGCUCCCUCGACCACCAGCUCGGCCUCUCCUCCCCCGGCCUCCUCCAGCGGCUCCUCCAGCGGCGGCAAGGGCAUGGACAAGGAGUUCCCCGAUGGCGAGAUCGACUGCGGUGAAUUCCCGUCCGAUUACGGUGCCGUGCCCCUGGAAUACCUGGGCCUGGGCGGCUGGUCCGGUAUCCAGUACGUGUCCCUGGCCGAUGAGCUGAUCAGCGACAUCGUCACCGCCGUCACCGGCGACACCUGCCACUCCGGCGCCAUGUGCUCCUAUGCCUGCCCCGCUGGGUACCAGAAGUCCCAGUGGCCCACCACCCAGGGCGCCACGGGCCAGUCCGUCGGUGGCCUGGAGUGCCGCAACGGCAAGCUCUACCUCACCAACACCGAGCUGUCCAGCAAGCUCUGCAUCGAGGGUGUGGGCGGUGUCAGCGUUGAGAACAACCUGAGCGAUAACGUCUCCGUUUGCCGUACUGACUACCCCGGUACCGAGGCCGAGACCAUUCCUAUGAGCCUGGGCCACAACGACCUGCAGCCCCUGACCUGCCCCGACGGCGACAAGUACUUCAAGUGGAAGGGCAAGACCACCUCGGCCCAGUACUACGUCAACCCCCGCGGCACCAAGCCCGAGAAGGGCUGCCAGUGGGGUGACGGCAGCGAGCCCAUCGGCAACUGGGCCCCCGUCAACCUCGGUGUUGGCUCCAACAACGGCAAAUGGCUCUCCAUCUUCCAGAACAGCCCCACCACCAACGAGAAGCUCGACUUCAACAUCAAGAUCAAGGGUGACAACCUCAGCGGAUCGUGCAAGUAUGAGGAUGGCAAGUUCAUCUCCGAGACGGGCAGCAACGACUCCGGCUGCACUGUCCAAGCCUUGUCCGGCGACGCCACCUACGUCUUUUACUAA